UCGUUUAUUACUUGGAUGCAUUCCAUGGCAUUGCACACAUUGCCAAAAAAAUAGACAUACAGAAUAGAAGAAAGAGUAUUUUAAUAAGCAAAGUUUCUUGUAAAAAACAUACAGAAAUAAAAAUGAUUAUGAUAACAUGUGUAUUAUAAAUAUUUAUCCACCAAUAAAUAAUAUACGACAUGAAUUUGAUGAAUAAUUAUGAAAAUAAUCAUAAUAAUUCAUUUGAAUUGAUAUCAGUGACAUCACAAUCGUCAGCGCUAUCACCAUCAUCACCGACAUCAUCACCAUCGUCGUCAUCAUCAUCAACAACAUUAUCCUCCCUGGUACGCUCCUCGUCCACAGGUGUCGAAUGUACAGUUAUACCAAGUUUAAAACACUUUGAACAAUUCUAUGCAUCAUAUCAUGCUUAUCUAGCCUGUAUAAUCUGUUUAUUCGGUACAGGAACUAAUCUAUUGAAUGCUAUUGUUCUGACACAAAAACAAAUGCAUAAUCCAACAAAUACACUAUUAACUGGUAUAGCUAUUGUAGAUAGUUUAAAAAUGCUUGGUUAUGGUUUACAAGUGAUUUAUCUACACUUUAUGACAUCCCCGUAUCCAGAUAAAUAUCCACAUAGUCAGCUGGCUGUCCACUUAAUACUCAUUCAUCAUAUGCUUAGUAUUGGUAGUCAUACAAUAUCAACAUGUUUACUGGUUCAAUUAGCUAUUUAUCGUUGUUGGAUAUUAUAUUCGAAUAAAUUAAAAGAUGUAUUAAAACUGAAAAGACAGUCUAUGCGAAAGUGGUUAAUGAUAUCAUCAAAGAAACGUUUUAUUAUUUAUUGUUAUAUUAGUGCUGGCCUAUUAGGCAGUGUAUUAUGCUUGCCAACAUUUAUUAUAUAUCAAUGUGAAUUAAUUAAUAUAACGACUACGUUAGAAGGCCACAAUGACAAUAAUCACACCGUGAAUGUCGGUCAUAAUAAUACCGGUACUAAUGUAACUGAUAAUCAACAAUUAUUAUACUAUUGGUUUAAAUUACGCAAUACCAGUGGGCAGACAUUAGAACGUGUCCACUUUAUUCUCUAUGGAUGUUUUGUAAAGAUUUUAGCCUCAAUAUUGAUUGUUAUUUUUACAAUAUUUAUAUUAAUUGUAUUACAUGAAGCCCGAAAAAGGUAUAAAAAGUUACAACAAUUACCAAUUGAAAUACAUAUUAAUGAUGAUAAUAAUAAUAAUAAUAGCAACAACACCCACAACAUGAACACCAACAACACCACCAACAAGAACAACAACGGCGAUCAGAUGGUAAUGAUGACGAUGAAAGAGGCAUCAAAAAAUCAUCAUAAGCAUUUACAAGUCAAUAAUACUAUAACACCUGACCAUAAAAGUAUUAAUAAUAAUAAUAAUAACGCUAAUAAUGUGAAUAAUGACCACGGUGUACACCGACCCUACCAGAAUAAACUGAAACCAAACCAAUCAAUACUAUCAUUAACAAUAACUGAGAAUCCCAUAGCCAUGUUACAAACAUCUGGAUUAGAUAUUAGUCAUAAUGAUUACAUAAGAAAAUUACAAUCUAAUCAUCAUCAUAAUAAUAACAUGCUUACAAAAAAUAAACAACAAAUUGUUACAAAAAGUCUAUCAAAUCGUUUGCGUAAAAAAGCACGUGAAGGCCAACGUGUCACUAUCAUGUUGAUAAUAGUUGUGAUUAGUUUUGUGAUAACAGAAGCACCACAAGGUGUAUUCAAUACACUUGUUGCAAUAAAAGGUGAAUGUUUUUUAAGUACAAUUUAUGUCCCAUUAGGUGAUAUAUUAGAUUUAUUAGUAUUAUUAAAUUCAUCAAUCAAUUUUAUACUUUAUUGUGCAAUGUCACAAAAAUUUCGAGUGAAUUUUGUAAAUUUAUUGAGAAAAAUGAUGUCAUGGUGUUGUCGACUGUGCUGUUUUCAAUGUCAUCGUCACCAUGGUCAUGGUCAUGGUCAUCAUUAUCCUAACAUCGAGCAUUCUCAUGAUGAUAAAGGCAAUAGUGAUAAUGACUAUCCUGUGAUGACAAACCAUAAGAAUGAAAUGAAGGAAUGA